AUGUCGCAUGAACGCAGCACGCCAACUUCUCCCGGAUCUCAGGAAUUCGCUUCCUCGCCGACGUCAGCUCAACCUUUCACGAGGAAGCCGAUGAGCUUCCAGAGAAAUAGCAAUGGACCGAUUACACCUUUUGAGAACUGGUGUAGGGGGAGGUCGGACGAUAGCUUCGCAGCAUUGGCUGGGGCUACAGCUGGGUUCACAUCAGGAAUCGUCACUUGCCCUUUGGACGUAAUUAAGACGAAGUUGCAGGCUCAGGGAGGAUUCAGAGCUCAGACGAGCGCCCCUUUGGCGCACCCCGUAUACUCAGGAAUGGUGGGGACAGCGAGAAUCAUAUGGCGUGAAGAGGGUCUUCGUGGGAUGUAUCGUGGGCUCGGUCCCAUCAUAUUAGGAUAUCUGCCUACCUGGGCAGUAUAUUUCACUGUGUACGGGAAGUCGAAAGUCUUUUUUGGAAAACGAUUUGAAAAUAAGAAUCUCGUCAAUUUCUGGUCUUCGAUUAUAGGAGGAGCAUGUUCGACCAUGAUCACGAACCCAAUCUGGGUGAUCAAGACCCGUUUGAUGUCACAAGUGAGCAGAAAGUCAACUUUGCCAGGCGGAAGACCACCAUGGCACUACAAAUCCACACUGGAUGCUGCUAGGAAGAUGUAUCGAACGGAGGGACUUCUAUCUUUCUAUUCAGGGCUUACGCCCGCACUUCUUGGCUUGACUCAUGUCGCUGUACAGUUUCCAACAUAUGAGUUCCUGAAGACAAAGUUCACUGGACAAGGCAUGGGCAAGUCGAAAGCGGGGGAUGAUAGUACCCAUUGGAUCGGAGUAUUUUCGGCGAGUGUUCUCAGCAAGGUGAUGGCCAGCUCUGCGACAUAUCCCCAUGAAGUAAUCAGGACAAGAUUACAAACCCAACAAAGAACCGCGAUGCCAUCAUCAACGUCAGAGUAUGCAACCUUUCGAGGAGGCAUUGAAGGAUCUACAGUUCACAACCCGGCGAAUAUCAUUGCUAAGAGCAAGUCGGUGUUACCAAGGUAUAAAGGUGUUGUUACGACGUUUAAGACGAUCCUGAGGGAAGAAGGGUGGAGGGCGUUCUAUGCUGGGAUGGGCACCAACAUGAUGCGUGCAGUCCCAGCUGCGACUACGACAAUUCUAACGUACGAAUUUGUGAUGAAGCAGUUGAAUCAUGGGAGGGAAGAGGGAAGACGGAAAUCGGAUCUCCUAACUUGA